AUCCCUAGUUUAAAGGUAAUGACUAGGCCUAGAAUUUUAGUGCCUAAAUUUGGAAAAAUGAAAAACCAGGGUUAUCAAUAUUAAGUUGUUUAAAUGUCAAUUUGUGAAUAUAAUAAGUUUUAAAUGCUGUAAUUUACACACAGUGUUGGGAAACCUUUUAAAAAAUUGUUUAUUAUUUUGCUGCCAUGGUGCUAUGACCAAUCUUUGUCUUUCAAACAGUCAAGUCAGUGUCUCCCUCAUGUUGACAUGCAGGCUAACUCCAUAAUACACAAGUCAGAAAGUUAGAACUUUUUCAUUUCAGCGAGGAUUUGUAGGAAACGAACUCCCGAAUCCUUUGCUCAGUCAUAAUUAUGGAUGGAGUUUCUUUUUGUUCAGGCUUUGGCCAGUUCUAACAGGAAUAGGUUUCCAAACCUGGCUGUUAUGCGCUCUCCCUCCCUCCCUCCCUCCCUGCUCUCGCUUUCUCUCUCCCUCUCUCUCUGGUUUUAGCGUGAGCAGAGCUGAGCUGCUGUGUUGUCUCUGUCUUAUCUUUUUUUAAACCCUCCACAUCUUCCCUCCCUCUCUGGCCUGCGGUCUCUUUAAAUCCAGCUCAGUGAAGUUGAAGCGGUGCGUCCUCUCCUCUCCUCUCCUCUCCUCUCCUCUCCUCCUUCUCCUCUCUCUCCCCUCCUCUGCCCUCAGUCUUGUCUGGACGCAGUGAUUGCCCGCUCUCCGCCUGAUAAACAGCUGCUUAUCUUCUCCAGAACUUCAUAAACUUCUGUCUUUUCUUCCCUCCCCUCCACUCCUUCAAACUUCCAGGACCGGGACUUUUCUCUUUUUUUUUCUUUCUUCCAGUUAGCGCCGUGUCUGCCUGUGGAGCUGCAGACCGUAGGAGGCUUUGCGCCGCUGGAGUCUCCAGUCUGGACCCCGGGGUUUGCGUAAUGCUGAGGCGUCCUCUCCUCAACAUCUGGAUUAACUAUUUGGAGUCAGAGCUAACGGGGCGACACCAAACUCCGGCUUUUUGCCCCUGUCUUCAUGGAAGUGCUCACUUUUGCCCCUGGAUUUAACCCAUUUUGACCAGCCGCGUUUUUGUGCAUAGAUUAUGUAUCCUUUAAAAUGGGUGCGAACAAUGGAAAACAAUAUGGAAGCGAGGGUAAAGGAAGCUCAAGCAUCUCCUCAGACAUAAGUUCCAGCACAGAUCACACACCAACCAAAGCUCCAAAGAAUGUGACUUCCAGUGAAGGUCUAGACUCCAGCACCAGGACUCUGAGCACCCCCAGUCCUGGUCUGAUCCUGCCCUCCAAGUCCUCGUCUCUCUCCUCGCCCGCUCUCUCCAGCAAUGGCCACGAGACCAACUCCUCGUCCUCGUCCUCAGCCCCGGCCGAGACCGUGGCCGUGGUCCACCCUCAGCCCGGAACCCACACCAGGUCCCGUCAAUCCAAAACCCACCUCCACGCCCCCAUCGACCUCCUCCCUGACCACACCCUCCUGCAGAUCUUCUCCCACCUCCCAACCAAUCAGCUCUGCCGAUGUGCUCGCGUCUGCCGCCGCUGGUACAACCUGGCGUGGGAUCCCAGGCUGUGGAUCACCGUACGCCUGACGGGGGAGCUGCUCCACGUGGACCGAGCCAUCAGGGUCCUGACCCACCGCCUCUGCCAGGACACGCCCAACGUGUGUCUGACCCUGGAGACGGUGAUGGUGAACGGCUGCAAGAGGCUGACCGACCGUGGGCUGCACGUGGUGGCCCAGUGCUGCCCAGAACUGCGCCGUCUGGAGGUGGCUGGGUGUUACAACAUCUCCAAUGACGCGGUGUUUGAGGUGGUGUCCUGCUGCCCCAACCUGGAGCACCUCAACCUGUCAGGCUGCUCCAAGGUGACGUGCAUCAGCCUCACCCAGGAGGCCUCCCUGCAGCUGUCACCUCUUCACGGUCAGCAGAUCUCCAUCCACUACCUGGACAUGACCGACUGCUUCUCACUGGAGGACGAGGGUCUGCGAACCAUCGCCUCCCACUGCCCGCGCCUCACACAUCUGUAUUUACGACGCUGCACCAGACUGACAGAUGAGGCCCUGCGCCACCUAGCUCUCCACUGCCCCUCCAUAAAGGAGCUGAGCCUCAGUGACUGCAGACUGGUGGGGGAUUUCGGCCUCCGUGAAGUCGCACGGCUGGAGGGCUGCCUGCGUUACCUGAGCGUGGCCCACUGCACCCGCAUCACAGACGUGGGCAUCCGCUACGUGGCUCGCUACUGCCCCAGACUGCGCUACUUGAAUGCCCGAGGGUGCGAGGGACUGACAGACCACGGACUGGGCCACCUGGCCAGAAGCUGCCCCAAACUCAAGUCUCUGGACGUGGGGAAGUGCCCCCUGGUGUCAGACAGUGGACUGGAACAGCUGGCCAUGUACUGCCAAGGCCUGAGGCGCGUGAGCCUCCGAUCCUGCGAGAGCGUGACGGGCCGGGGACUCAAAGCUUUGGCGGCCAACUGCUGCGAGCUGCAGCUGCUCAACGUGCAGGAGUGUGAGGUGUCGCCCGAGGCCCUGCGGUUUGUGCGGCGCCACUGCCGGCGCUGCGUCAUCGAGCACACAAACCCGGCUUUCUACUGAAACAAAAAAAAAAAGGACAAUAUUUUCGGACGGGUCCUCUGACAAGUGGAUGUUUUUUUAAUCUUCCUGCUAUGGUGGCGGCGUUAGCGGAGCAGCUGAUGUGUCAUGAGUGGUGGUGCAAUACUGGCCAAAGUUUGUCACUUCUUUAAGAAUCCAAUUCUGCUUAUUGGCUGUUGAUGCUGUCGUUCAGAGAAUACUUCGAUAGAAUGUAUUUAACAUAUUUAUCUGUCAAACAAAAUCCACGACAUACGGUGUCUCAGUGUAUUCGUUUUUUCCCCAUGUCGUCACCAGUUGCAUUAGUACAACAUGCUACGACACUGAGCACUGGCUACACUGCAUUAAAAAAAAGCCCCGGAUCAUCCUUAUAAUCACACAUUAUUACAUCUAUUUAUAGACAGCAGGGAUCUUCAGACCAAUCCACCCAGUAUGUAGUCAGGUCUGGUGAUUUCAGAUAUACUCUGUGUGACUUUUCUUUGUGUUUCGUGUGCAUAUGCACUUUAUGCAGUUGUAUCGACAAUCACUCCACAUGAGCUCCAAGUGUCCUGUUUCAGACCCACCGUGUGCCUUAUGAAUAAACAAUUAAAUGUUUCUUUAGCCAGUGCUGAGUAGAAAACAAUCAGAACACAUUGCUGCUAUAACUGUGCCAAAUAAAAUAAAAGUAAAAAAAAAAA